AGGAGCGGUAUAAUAGUUUUGUCCAAAUAUGCGCAACAGAUUAAGGUGGACUUAAUUAUAAUUCAUCAGGAAAGGGAAGAGUUACUGUUGCUGCAACGGAUAAACGAGAUGGAACGACGCUACGAGCUGUUAAUGCCUAUGGCUCAGGAACACAAUCCGGCCUGGUGCCGCGACACGUUCUUGCGUCAACUGUUUGCCGAACUGGACCUGGAGCAGGCCGAGCCUGAGCUGAGCAAAGAGUCUAGUUCCAUUACAAUAUCGGAAAAAAGUUAUGGUGGGAUGCCGCAAUUCACGCCAACCGUGUCUAUAACCAACUUUCUGCGAUUUGCACCAAAGAUGAUAAAGACCGCCCGAAAGCUGGAUCGGGUCAGCACAAGGGAGAUCGCUGCCGACGCCUACAAGCUGAGCGUGCUGACGGGUCGCACGGACCUGCGUUAUGGCGAGCUGCUUGAAUCGGUGCAGCGCUCCUCGCUGUUCUUCAUGUUUUCGCGCGUCAUGAACCGUCUACGGAUCAUGCAAAGCAUCUCCCUGGACAGUGGUGACAUGAAUCUGAAUGACUUGCCGCACAAGUUGUUUAAGUGGUCCAUGGAGGAAGUUUUCAAGCGCUGCCAGCUGCCCGAUGAUGUCUAUCUGGAUGUACUGAUGCGUAACUAUAGUGAAGAUGUGCUGGAUUGGGCCAAGUUUAGCACCGAUCUGGUCGAGAUAUUACGCUACUACAAGUUCAUCUACACGGAGACGUACCAAAACAGGGGCUAUUCCACGAUGAUGGCCAUAUUGUGGGACCAGCAGCACUUGCUCAAUAUUGGCGAGCAGCUGGACAAGGAUCUGCAAAUCUCAAUGAAAACGUUCAAGAAAAUAGAAGAGCAGUCGCGCAUUAUCUCCACUCGUUGGACGGCCCAAUUCCAGGAUAAUUUGGUCAAGAGGUGCCAACGACGCUCCAUGGAGGCUACUGUGCGCCUGCCCAUCGAAUGGCGAUAUGUACGCGAUUACUAUGCCACCCUGGUGAAGAUGCAGGCCAUGAGGGACAAUAUGCCCGUGGUACAGCUGGAGGAGCAGAUCCAGAAGUUCAGGGAGUCCAUACAGAAAGACAAUAACACCACGAAUUCCGUUCUGUACGUGUACAGCAUUAUCGUAGAAAACUAUUAUGACCGCAUAUUUAAUUUUACGCAAAAGCUUUCUGACGAUAUGGAAUACUGGGAAGAUCAGAUAAUUAGGGUGAAACUUCAGUUGGCUAAGGUCCAUGAUGACCACAGGGAGGCACAGGAAAAAAUUAUUUUCAUGCGUAAACGUGUUGCUGAGGUCCAGGAAAUAAUCGCAGCUGAAAACCAAUCCAAAAUAGAUGCCGCUAUUAUGGAGGAAGCUCAACGGCAGGCGGCGUUGUCAGGGAGAUCCCAGCGACGAGGCAUGCUUUCGAAGAAGAAAAAGGAUAAAGCUAUAUUCAAGGCGCCUAGCCUAACGCCAGUCAAAGGGAGAAGGAAGAAACCAAAUGAUAGCUGAAUAUAAAAACGCUUUUCUGGAAUACUUUCAAGCCUAUCUACUCGGCAACUAAGUUUAUAGGACUCUCCGGUGCAAGAUUUCCCAGAAGCUGAAGCGAUGGUCCUUAAAUGAGAUUGUCAGACAAAAGCUUCUUGGAAAACUGUUCAUAAUCAAGAAGUGUAUUACUUGAUUGUCAACAGUUUUCUUUGGAGCUUUUAAGCUUUUGUUAAAUAUAAUUUUAAACAGCUUAAAAUAACACUUGGACGGCUGCUAAAUGUUGAGGUGCCUAAACUCGAUUAAUAUAAGUUUAAAUAUGCAUAAAGAGCAGCAUAUCCUGUCGUAUUAUCGUUUUACUUAUUA